GAGGAAAAAAAAAAUGGCGGGGGGCGGGGCCUGUCGGAGUCACUGUAACUAGUAAACUGAGCAGUUAAUUGACUGCAGUUUUGCAUAAAAGGAAGACAAAUAAUAAGAUCCAGAGGUAACAUUCAGCUACAGUGUCGUCGUCUAUUGUUUCUGUCCGACUGCGAGUUUCUGAACCGCAGAAAACCCACGACACGUAGCCGGUUGCAAUGUAAACACUUGCCUGGUUAGCUAGAAGCUAACCGAGCUUCCUGUUGAGGACUUCGAGUAGUUGUGUGUUUUUAUUUAAAAUACCCGAGCUUCUCUGUCGACGUGCUGUGUGCCGAACUCUGCGGGAUAACAGAAAGAUUUAGACUGUGUCCGAUUUUUAAUAAACGCACGUCGUGUUCUAUCACAGACGAUCGAGUUGCUUUAAAUUAUCUAUUAUUUCAAACCGAGUUCAGGAGCGAGUGUGUUCAUCCCCUGACCACUGACAGCCACUAACGACAUGGACAGUGUCUCGUUUCCUGCAGCUCGGGCGAUGGAACAGCAGGAGCAGGUGGAAUGGGAUGAGGUGAAUAAACUCCUCCAGCAUCGGGGAUUCAAACCGGUGACCUUUGCAGAUCCUGUGGAGAAUAAGAACCUCGCUGACUUGGUUCUGCUGGACAAGAAGUCAGCAGGUGAGAUCAGGGCGACUCUGAGGACGAUGCUAACAGACUCGGAGAGGAGACAGGCUCUCAUCCAGGAGCUCGCCAAGUCCAACAACCAACUCAAAGAGGAGGUCCAGGAGCACAUGAGUCGAGCGACUCAGCAGUCUCAGCGGACCACAGAGCUGGAGGGGCUGCUGGACGUGGUGAAGACCAGAGUCCAGGACCUAGAGGACCGCUACCUUGGCGUAGCUGUCCAGCACCACAGCCACACACAGCAACUUCAGCAGGAAAGACAAGAAGCACAAAAACUGUGUGAGGCUCUGGAGCAGAAGCUGUCGAAGCAGAGGGAGGAAAUGGCCCAGCUUCAGAGGAAACUUCAUUUCACCGUCAAAGAAGAAGAGCAACAGCUGGCGCGACAGAGUCAGACCUUCCAGCACAUCUGCCAGAGAGUCAGCAGACACGAGUCUGCAGCAGACCAGCAGGUGUUGGAUGUGAUCGGCUUCUAUGAGACGCAGAUGACUCAGCUGCUGGAGGAGCUCAGGUCUGUCAAAGGAGAAUUUGAAGGCGUCUCUGAUCAGAAAGAAAUCACAUCCAGCAACGUCACUCCAUCUUUCAAAACCAUUCUCAAGGCGUAUCGAGAACAGCAGGAGGAAAGCAGAACUCGGAUAGAGGAGCUGACGAGGGAAGCUGAGCGCCUAAAGCAAGAUCUGGAAACAAGGCCCACACUCAAAGAGGUGAAGUUCUACAAACACAAACUUCGCCUUUUGGAACGAUCAAACAAACACAAUAACACAAGACUGCCUAACGAAAACAACGCAACUGAGACCAGUGAGCAGACCAGUGACGAUGCCAGAGAAGCCAGUUUAUGUGCCCACUACCACACACUGUUGACUGAGAUCAGUGCUGCGGUGAUGAGUCCGGCUGCUCCGCUGCAGCUGCGCAGACACAAGCCCUCGUCUGAGUUCCACAACCUGCUCCCCACACUGGACGUCUGGGCCCAGCAGCUCCACCUGCUGAAGGAGCUGCAGCAGGGUUUGACCAAACUAACCUGCAGACUGGCGCCCUGGCAGCUGUCCGAUGGCGGCCAUGACUGUGUAGAAGCUGUGAAGGUGGAGGACAUGAUGUUGCUGGUGGACACAAUGCUGGAAAGCACCGCCACUGAUGAGAAGGUGCUGAGGAGUCCGACUCGGUACACUCUAGGAUCCAUGGUGUCUCACUUCCAAAAGCUGUUCGAUGUGACAUCCCUCAGUGGUGUCUACCCCCGAAUGAACGAGGUCUACGCCAGGCUGGGAGAGAUGACCAACACCAUGACAAACGUCCGACACAUUCUGGACCUAGACAGCAGGGUUUCUCAUGCUGAGGUGGUGAACCACGUGGCCAGAAUGGUAUCCUCCAGUCAACACACUGCUGGCUUUCACAGUCUGCUGGGAGACGCCGACAUCGACAGUAUCUUGGUCAAAGUGAAGCAGCACGAGGAGUUCUUCCCUGCUUUCCACGCCCUUGUGAUGGAUAUUUUACAGGUUCUGGGAGUCAGUCAUCUGGAUCACAUCCUCCCAGCUCUGAAGUCUUUGAAACAAACUGCACAGUGACACGCUGCUCAGACUGACAUGAAUGAUGUGUGAAUUGUGAUAAAACAUUAAACUUUUUUAAUGAAAUCCA